CCGGAAGUAAACAAAAACAGUUCCUAUGAACUUCACGUGAGACAUAUAACAAUAUUAAAUGGACAUCACAAAGGGCAGUCUGGAUGACAUCUCUCGGCCAGCUUCCAGUGAACGUUCUCGAGCUGGGAGUCGUGUGUCCAGCGUGUCUCUCUCUGAGGUAGGCAAAGUGAGCCAGGAUAGGCCAAGGUCCUUGGAGGUCCUCAGCCCAGAAGUCUCAGAAACACAGGAUCGAUGGAGUGAACAGGAUAAUAACUCAGACUGCAUGUCAGAAAAUGUGCCUCCUGGUCAAGAUGUAUCUGAUGAAGAAAAUGAAGAUCCAGAGUUACUAAAAGCCAUCAGGAAAAUGAAAAGACUAGACAGGAUAUUGGCUAUGAGGAUCUCCAAUGAAAAAGAAGUGAAAAAGCAAGGAAGAGAACUUCACCAGAAACUUUGGCAAGAACUGGAGGAUCUCAAAACCGAAAGGACUGCAGAGUGCAGUGAUGAGGCAGAAAACACCCGCUUGUUCUUGGCACUAACCUCCAGCACGUCCAAGGGCUGCAGUGAAGAAGUGGACUUUACACCUGUGUUUGGGACCCAAGUUCCGGAUGAAGAGAAUGACCUGAGCCUCAGGCUGGGAAAUGAAGAGGUCGAAGUGCACUCUGAGUCUUCAGGCUCUGUAGAAGGGGGUCAAGAGGUGAGGCGAGACAAGCAGACAGACAGCAGACAGACCUUGAAUGGCAAGAGCAAGCACAGACAAGAUUUUGUCAAGAAAAACAUUGAGCUUGCAGGUGGUGCGGGAAGUCUCAUACUGGUGACUCAGGAGGAGAAAGAGCGCUUAGAGGAGCUUCUCAAGGACUUAGAAGAAGAGGAGGCUCAUGUUGAGCCGCUGAACAACCCUCAGGCAAAUGUUUCUCUGUGUACUGUACCCACAACAUCUGGUGAAGGUUACACACCCCAGCCAGACGAGCUUGACCAGCUCCUUCAUAUCGAUGCCAGACUGCAGCUUCUACUUCCUGUUGAGAACUUUCUUUCUGUGAAAAGCCCUUAUACGGACCGCAGCCUGACCCAGUGCGGGCUGCACGGUUCGGAUGGAGAGCGUGUUGAAGAGCGGCCGCCGGGGGAGAGGGUCCUGCGGGACAUGAAGGAGAGCAGAGGGCAGGAGGAGCGCCUGCGAGAGAUCCAGCAGCAGCUGCACCUCCUGGGACACAGCCAGCAGACCACUAGUUUACCUGAGGACCAACUAAGGAGCCUGUUGGUGGAGUGUGAGAUGGCCCUGAGCAGAUGUUCUGGCUCAGGUACAGAAGACUCCUCCCCAAGACCCUAUUGUGCUUUAGAAAGCCACGCUAUGUCUCUGCUGGCCAGCACGCCCCGCCUGUCCAGUUCUGCUAUCUCGGAGUUACUGCAGGAAGCUUGUGGAACUCCCAGCACCCCCCAUGAGAGUGAAGAAGCCACCCUGGACUGAAUCCUGCAAGGUUAAGUUGUAGUCUUAAUGGAGUCAGAGGAAAUGCAUGGGCAUAUUAGAUGUUUGACAUGGUGAGAAUGCUUAAAUACCAGUUUUGUUAUUUGUGUUGAAAUAUUGGAAAAAAUCAUUACCAUAUUGUAUUCUUGUUGAAGUAUAAUUAAAGCUGUUGAAAGUUUGACUGAAAUAAAAAAAAAUUUAUUACAGCUUGAUUUAUGGAGAGAACAUUCCAAGCAUAUUUGCCCCAAAGUGCUGAA